AUGUUUACCAGCAGCAAGUUCAGUUCCCUGUGCCUCGCCGUCGUGGCGCUUUCAAGUGGCGCGUACGCUGAGAAGGAGGCUACUCAGACGUUUGGAUUGCUUGGUGGGGGUCUUCACGGCGGGGGUAUGCUUGGUGGUUCUAGAAUGUAUGGAGCUGGUGUAGGCGUUGGGCUGUAUGGAGGAGGUAUCGGCGUCGGAGGUAUCGGCGUCGGAGGUGGGCUGUACGGACGAGGCAUUGGCGUGGGCGUCGGAGGCGGACUGUACGGACGUGGUGUCGGUGUUGACUCUGGACUGUACGGACGAGGCGUUGGCGUCGGAACUGGAGUGGGAGGUGUGAGCGUCAGUAAUGGGAACAAUGUCGCUGGAGUUGGUGCCAGUGUGGGGCGCACUUACAGUGUCGACGCAACUGCUGGUACGGGUGUAAGUGCUGCUGCCAGUGUAGGAGGUGCUUCCGGCGGAGUUGGUGCUUCCGGCGGAGUUGGUGCAGCCUCUGGAAACGGUGCAAAUGGCCCUGUUAGUGCUGACGGAAAGGUUAGCGCCACCACUAAUAUUGGAGGAGCUCCUAUGGGUACCGAUAGAGCUACCACAACGACGAACGGUAACACAGUCACGUCGACGUCACAAAAUGGUGGUGCCACAGUGAGCGCAAGCACAACGGUCACAGGUACAGGACCAGGGACUAACAAUGCAGGAACUGGCACAACCACGAAAGGCAACACAAUUACGUUAACGUCGCAGAAUGGUGGUACCAACGCGAUUGCAAGCACAACGACAACAGGCACGAUCCCCGUAACUACUGGAACGGGUAAAACAACCACGAGCACCGUGACCGCUGGAAAGGGAACAACGAACACGGGCGCUAGUCCCUCAACCACAGGAGUGAGUCCCGCAACCGCUGGCAAGAGUCCCGCAACCGCUGGAACGGGCGCCCCAAGUACGAGCUCUGUAACUGGAUUCAAUCGUCCGCCGCUAAGUUUCAGCACGAGUUGUACAUUAACUAGCUUUCGCAAAUUCUUUCGCCAACUAUAUACGGCGACCAUAUCUUUUCGUUGA